AUGCUGUUCGGGACAGUGGGUUUAGAACCAGUGCAGGUCCACUCCAGGGGGCUGAAGCUGGGAAUCUACGGUGAUGUCGGGAACAAAACGUGCGCCGGGUUCCCUGGCAGUUACAAUCACUACGACCUGGACGCCCAAACGUUCGCCUCCUGGGGCGUGGACCUGCUGAAGUUUGACGGCUGCAACUCGGACACGCUGGAGCUGCUGGCAGAAGGUUACAGGCGCAUGUCUCUGGCCCUGAACAAGACUGGAAGGAGCAUUGUAUACUCCUGUGAGUGGCCUUUCUACCUGAGGCCCAUGCAGCAGCCCAAUUACACAGAGAUCAAACAGUACUGCAAUCACUGGAGGAACUUUUUUGAUGUCUACGAUUCCUGGACCAGCAUCAAGAAUAUCUUGGGCUGGACAGCACUUCACCAGGACAGCAUUGUGAAGAUAGCUGGGCCAGGGGGCUGGAAUGAUCCUGACAUGCUGGUGAUUGGAAACUUUGGGCUGAGCUGGGACCAGGCGGUGACUCAGAUGGCAAUGUGGGCUAUCAUGGCAGCUCCCCUCUUCAUGUCCAACGACUUGCGGCACAUUAGCCCUGAAGCCAAGUGGCUGCUCCAGAACAAAGAGGUGAUCGCCAUCAACCAGGAUCCACUGGGCAAGCAGGGAUACCAAAUCACCAAGGACAACAACUUUGAGCUGUGGGAGCGGCCCCUGUCUGGCCAAGCCUAUGCAGUGGCGGUGCUGAACCAGCAGGAGAUUGGGGGACCCCAGAACUUCACCUUCUCCCUCGCCUUCCUCGGCAAUGGAGUGGCCUGCAACCCAGCAUGCUCUGUCCGGCAGGUCCUGCCAGCCAGCAGGGACUGGGGGGUUUACAGCUGGGUGUCCUACCUGAGCGUGGAGGUGAACCCAACAGGCACCGUGCUGCUGAAAGUAGCGGCACUAUAG